AUGCAUAUGGAUUAUGAAUAUAUUAUAUUCCCUUAUGAUGAUUUAACACAUGAUGUAGUUCUCAUUAGUUGUAACAAACGUGAUGCUGUUACAACAAGGUCAAUAAUUCUAGCUGUAGAAUGGUUAAAUUUAUUUGAUGCAGAUUAUCAUUUAGAAUUUAAAAAUUAUGGCAUUUUUGAAAGACUUUUUAUUUAUACUGAUAUUCGUUAUGAAAUAUUAAAGUGUAUUACAACAUUCUUACAUGAAAGGAAAUUGGUUUAUAAUAAUAUUGAAGAAUUGGUUGAAGUUAUAGAAAUUAGUGAAAGAUUCGAUCUUACACAAUUAAUUAAAAGUAUCCUUAAAAAUAUACAUACAGCUAGUUUAAAUAAUAAAAGUUAUCUUUUUUGGGGAUGGAGAAUUGGAAAUAAAUAUGGUGAUCAAAAUAAAAAUAUGUUGUGGAGGGAAAUUUUAUAUUAUACACCAAUAAAUUAUACUACCGAUAAAAAUGUUACAGCAGGUUUUGUUAAUCUUUCAUUUCCUGAAUUGAUUUCUUUUCUAAAAGAUCAACGAUUAAAUGUACCUAAUGAAAGAAAAGUUCUUGAAAUGGCUUUAUUUUGGUUUAAAAAUAAUGAAAAAAUUUAUGGAAUAAAUUAUAAUUAUUUUCUUAAUGAAAUUUUUACUUGUUUUAGGAUUCGCCUUGAUAUGGAACAUGAAUUUGCAGAAGAAUUAAUAAAAGAUUACUAUCCUGAUAUGACUUUAUCAAUGUUUCCUUUAUUGGAAUUGUCAAAAUGUCGUUAUCCAAGAGAUGUAAUGAUACAAUUAGGUGGUGUUAGAGAAAAAGGAGCAUUAAAUAGGAUACAAAUAUUUGAUACAAGAACUGGAAAUUGGGUAUAUACAAGAGGUAUCAAUUUACCUCAAACAGUUGCUAAUUUUUCAAGUGAAACAAUUGGUUCAAAAAUUUAUAUUUCUGGUGGAAGUAAAAAUGAUGUAAUAUCAAAUGAGUUGUUUGAACUUAAUACAACAACAUUUACAUGGAAUAGAAAAUCAGGAAUGAAUUAUCCACGUUGUUUUCAUCGUCUUCUUGCUUAUAAAGGUAAACUUUAUGCAUUAGGAGGUAAAGCUGAAAUAAGAGCUACUGAUAGAUUGACAACAUUUGAAAGAUAUGAUCCAGCAACAAAUGUUUGGACAAUUCUUAAGCCAAUGCCUGUAGCAAGAUCAGAUUUUGGAGCAUUAAUAAUUAAUGAUUGUCUUGUUGCAUCAGGAGGAUAUUCUGGUUCUGAAAUAUUAUCAUCUUCUCAUAUAUAUAAUUUUAAAACUGAUGAAUGGAGGGAAGGUCCUAUUUUGACAAUUCCAAGAAAAGGCCAUGCAUUAAUACAAAUAGAUACUAACAAAAUAGUAGCCAUUGGUGGAGCUUGGCAUGAAACUCGAUUAAAUUCAUGUGAAUGUGCUAUAAUUGAUCAAUAUUAUUUUGAAGAAUUUCCUUCAUUAUUAAAAAACAGAUCAAAUUUUGGUGCAAUAUCAUAUAAUGAAAAAAUUUACGUUUGUGGAGGAUAUACAUCAAAUGGAUUUACAAAUGAGUGUGAAAUUUUUGAUGGAAAAGAAUGGAAAUAUACACAUCCAUUGACUGAUUCUUUAAGUUCAAAUCAUCUGGUUGUUGUAAGAAACAUGAAAUGUGUAAAAAUGUUUUUAGAUUGUCCUUCAGUUAACCUCAAAAAUUUUCAAAGUGGUAGACAUUAUAAUUAA